AGAGGAUCUUCCUUUGCUCCUCUCUGCAGCAGUAGCCAUUUGUCCGUUGGUAAGAAAUAAAGUAAUUUCCCACAAAAGUACAAAUCAAAAGGAAAUAAAAAGAAGAAGGAAGAACUAACUUUUGGAGGAGGCUCUCUUCGAAACUUCCCCAACUAAAAUCACAAGAUACAAUCACAGACACAACCCCUUAUUUACGAUCUCUCAAUCCUUUCACAGUUGGUGUUUCUUCAGGAGCAUCUGUUGCUCAGAGGGGCUUCUCUACAACUCAAGGACAUAUGGCCAGCUGUGGUGGCAGAAACGAGCCUGACUGGAUUAAAAGAGUGAAGUCUGGGGGUUCAGUUCCACCAGUUGGACCAGAUAAUUGCUCAUAUGGGUGGGCAUCGCCGCCUGGAGAAAAUUUCAUGGUCAGAGGUCCCGAAUACUUGUCAACCAGGAAUAAAAUCGCUGGUGGUCAAUAUCUUCUCAAGCCUAUUGGUUUUGAUUGGGUUAAAGGCUCUUUAAAGAUUGGGGAUGUCUUGAAUCAUCCAAACAGCCGUGUCAGAAAGGUCCUUGAAGAGGAGUUCCCAACUGGUGAUAGGCCUUUUGUAUGGGCUUUCAAUCUACAACUACCAAGCAAGGAUAACUAUAGUGUUAUAGCUUAUUUCACAGUAAGCAAGCCUAUUCAGGAGGGAUCCUUGAUGGAUCAAUUCUUAAAAGGGGAUGAUGCUUUUAGGAAUUCUCGGCUGAAGUUGAUUGCCAACAUUGUCAAGGGCCCUUGGAUUGUGAAGAAAGCAAUGGGGGAACAGGCCAUAAGCUUAAUUGGUCAAACUCUUUCCUGUAAAUAUUGUGUUACAAAUAAUUCUCUAGAAAUAGAUGUUGAUGUUGGAUCAUCCAUGGCUGCAAGUGUAAUAAUGCAUCUUGCGUUGGGUUACUUCACGACAAUGGCAGUAGACAUAGCUUUCCUCAUUGAGAGCCAAACUGAGUCGGAGUUUCCAGAACAAAUUCUAGGAGCUUUCAGAUUCUCUGAACUAAAUCCUGCUUCUGCUUCCUCAAUUGAACUAUCAACAGAUGCAAGUGCUGGUAACUUGGAGUCUUCGUUGCCAACACGUUUUUGGAAGUCAAUUGGGCAAGGCUUCUCUCAAUAUUUCCAUCCGGGUGCUCAAGAAGGAAGUUCUACCUCUGGCUCAGCCCAUGCUAAUUAAUGGAGUUGUUGAUCGUGAAGGUAGAAAUGAAGAUGCAAAGAAAUGAUGCCCCAGAUGGAUUGUACAUGCCCGUAGUUGAGAAAAAUACUGACACAGGUUGAGCUCCCACAUAUUGAAGCAUGAAGUUCUUGAUUAGCAGCCAUCCAUUUGUUCUAAAUUUAUUGCAGUCUGACAGUCUGUGUAUGGUGUAUUACCUUGGCAAUCGACGAGUUUUAUGUUAUUCGUUGACAAGAUGUCAAUAUGUAUUUACAAGUUCAUUUCACUGAUUUCUUGUCAAUUUAGUCCCUGAUAUUGUUGAUGAUGGAGUGUUGUAGUAAUUCCAGGUUGAUGUCAUCCAGUUUACUCUAUCAGGGGUGAUGAAUAUUCAAGCUGUUUUAAGAUU